AUGGCAACCUAUCGCAGACUUGCGCAUCUUUUGGCAUUGUUUGUCUUUGCUCUGUCCUUGAUGAUUGACGAGAACUUGGUUGAAGCUAGCCGAAUUUUGGAGGCGACGUUGCCCGAGGUGCCUGAACUGCCAAAGCCCGAAUUGCCGCACUUUCCUGACAUCCCGAGCUUGCCAAAGCCAGAAUUUCCAUCACUGCCAAAAGUUGAGUUGCCGCCACUUCCGGAACUGCCAAAGCCUGAAUUACCGACAAUACCGAAGCCGGAAGUGCCCGAAUUGCCUCAUCUCCCAGAUUUCCCUAAGCCAACUUUGCCUGUCGUUCCGAAGGACACGCCUAUAGCUGCUGCUAGUCCUUGA